UUGAUGAUUGCGUGCCCUACUUGAAUGACAGAUUCUGAAAGUAAAAACCUGAGACACCUCAAAUAACAGCCCACAACAAAACCAACGCACGCAGAAGUGGGUGUUUGUUUUGACCCGUGAAAUACUAGAAGUUGUAUAAAUAAGGUUGAAAAGCGGGAGCAUUUAUAGGGAAUUCAGAUGCCUUAUGAACCCUUCAGAAGGAUUAAGCACCCUGUCUUUUAAGAAAGGAUUCGACCCUCAACAGCUGGCUACCAAAAAAGUGACUGUAAAGGCUGCAAAGAGGUGCCCAGGUAUCCAGCAGUGAAGAAGGUGUUGACUGACUGAGUAGCUGUAUGUGUGAGGCCACACCCGGCAAUGGAACCCUGGCCUGCAGUGGCCUGGGUCCUGCUGCUAAGCCUGAUUGCUGAUUGGCUGAAAGCAGUCCACUCACGGGACUUUACAGUGCAAGACAUCAUCUACCUCCAUCCUUCUACCACGCCAUACCCUGGUGGGUUCAAGUGUUUCACGUGUGAAAAUGCUUCAGAUAACUAUGAAUGCAAUCGAUGGGCACCAGAUGUUUACUGCCCACGAGCGACAAGAUAUUGUUUCACACGUCACAAAAUGGAUUCCAGUGGGGACAGUAUAUCAGUCACUAAGCGCUGUGUAGCUCUGGAGGAUUGUUUGUCUACGGGAUGCACUCAGCCUGAUCAUGAAGGACAUGAGGUCUGCACUUCUUGUUGUGAAGGAAAUAUCUGCAACUUGCCAUUGCCAAGAAAUGAGACAGAGGCAAUCUUUGCAACAACUUCUCCACUCAGCGGAACUGCGCAGCAUCUUCACAGCAGCUCACUCGUUUUAACCUGUAUCAGCAUCAUGUUCCUGAUGCUUGUGUAGCGGAGGUAAAACUGAAACAGGCUCUGUAAAACACCCUUCGUAUUAUUUCAAAGUGUAACUUUAUUAUUAUUACUGAUCAUGUGAUGGUUUACAGUAUUUACAGUAAGGAUGAAAAUGUAAAGCUCAGGAAAGCACAUAUAUUAAAUGAUAUGAAAAUAGAAACAGAGCCAUGAAUUUCCAAGUCAGCCACUGUGAAUCCCUCAUAUGUAGUGCAUUAAAGAGUUGAUCACUAAUGGACUGUAUAACAGUCACUGGAACCCUGUAUUUUAAGGCAAUUUUUGGUCACAUUCACAUCGGCACUUUGUGAUGGGUCAAGUCAAAUGAAUUAUAAACAAAUACUGGUAUGCCUGUUUCAUAGUUGCAUUACUAUUUGUAAUGCAACUGUUUAAUUAAGUGAGUUGUACAUUUUCUUUCAA